AUGGCAUCAUCUCAAUACUUGAAAGAUACCAUCGCUCCGAUCCUCGCACGAGGAAUUGCAGAAUGUAUUGAAGUACAACCACAAGAUCCAAUUGAAUAUUUGGGCCUAUGGAUGUUGCAUCAUCAACAACAGCAAGCUCUCCGAGAGAAGAGAUUAAAGCAGGAAGAGGAGAAUCAACGGGCUAUGGAUGACUGGAUGGAAACGAAAGGAAAGUUGUUGCAAAAAGCAGUGGAAAGAAUUCAAAGUGUGGUUCGGGAUUUCAUUCGCAGACAGCGAGCUUACAAAGCAGAGGAACAGCAAAAAGUCAUGCAAUUGGAAAAACUGUGGGGCGAGUUGAUGGUAAAAACACAACAAGAUCAAAAAACAAAAGAAGCGGAAUCAAAGGAGCAUGAAGACGCAUUGAAUGAAAAGGAGAGAAUCAUGCACGAAAAGAUGUUUGAGGCUUCGAAGGAGUUUAUCACAAAACUAGAGAAAGAUAGAAUUACAUACAUCAAGAAGGCAUUUAGGCCACCUCCAUGCGUUCCUAGAAUUAUGAAAGCCGUUUUAUUGGCACUCGGAGUGGCACCUAAAGAUGUAAAAGACUGGAAUAUGACAAAGGAAAAAAUUGGCGCUCCAACAUCGUUCAUCAGGAAAUUGGUAGCUUUUGAACCAGAGGCUUCCGUUGGAAAAACAGCAAGAUUCAAAAGAGUGAGCAACAUUUUGAAAAAGUGGGACAUUGAAAUUGUAAAACAACAAUCCACCGUUGCAUUCCUUUUGCAUCAGUGGUUGACCAAUUUAUUGGCAUUUAGAGAAAGUUUUAUCUCCCUUAAAAAAGCCAAGAAGGAAGAAAUUGAAGAAGAAGACGAUCCAGGUAUUAUGGACGACAUGGAAGAGGAUGAAAAAGAUGAUCCCACCAAUAUUCAAGCAUCGAGCUCGGAAGAGCCUAAACCUGAAACAAACGACGAACAUUCUGAAGGUGACGAAGAAUAA